UCCGCACAUCGUCAGCGUUUCCCAGUUCGCCAUCCGUUGGUGUGGAUGGCAGCGAUCUCUACCUCCGUCGCCUCAUCUUCCUCUCCCGCCCUCAAGCAGCGCAUGGUAAUCUCUCUCUCUCUCUCUCUAGCCGCCUAUUGUAAGUUGCUUCCCCUAGCGCAGCGAUCGCCCACCUUUCGCUGCUCGACCUCUCGGCGUGAUGGGAAGAGAGCCCCGCCGCUGCUGCAACUGGCCGUCGGUGGCGUCACGGAGAUCCUCAGGCUCCUCUCUCCCAAGAAACAGAGAGAUGAGGCGAAAGCCGCGGCGCAAGCACCUUCUUUGGCUCGUAGCGUAGAUGACGUCGUCCGAAUUCUUCGAGCGGAUUAUGAUCGUGCUUAUUUCCUUACAGGGGAGUUCACCUCCAACAUAUAUGCCGAUGAUUGCUUAUUUGAAGAUCCUACAAUCAAUUUUCGUGGCAGGGACCGGUACUCUCAGAAUCUGGACUUGCUCGUUCCUUUCUUUGAUCGCCCAUCCCUUAAACUUGAGAAUAUCGAGAAGGGUCAGAAUUAUGAAAUGAACUUCAUUCUGGCAACAUGGUGUCUAAGGACCUAUUUAAAGUUACCUUGGAGACCUCUCAUUGGUAUUAGAGGAACAACCACAUAUGAUUUAGGUGAAGAUUUCAAAAUCAUCAGGCAUGCUGAAAGUUGGAGUAUCUCUGCUCUUGAAGCAGUUGGUCAAAUAUUCAAACUGGGCUCAGUAGAGGUUGACGAGUAAGCUUUGAAAACCAAACGAUGCCACCGACACUUAGAUAGGAGCAGAGGCAACCAGAUUCGCAAAUGGAACCAAUAGGAGGCAAGCAAAAUGUUACAAGUACCGACUGCAGGUGCACUCAUUUCACAUUGUCAGAAUACGGUCCCUUCAAAUAAGUGAGACGAGGAGACAAUGAUGUAUAAAAAGACAAUACACGUGAGAAGGGAGCGAAGUAGUCCAUUCUAAUUUUGAGUUGUAAACUAUUGGUCGCGAAAAGACCCAACCCAACCCACACACACUCUUAGAAGGUAUCAUUUGGUAGGGAGGUUUGGAUUUAGGCUGUGAGUGAGAAGGCAGAGAUAGAAACUAAAUAGUCCGAAGUGUACCUGAUUUAGUCGGAGAAGGACAGGUGGUAAAACUGCGUGCCGGAUCGAGUCGGAAGUAUGCCUGGUGGGGCCUGUGGAUCACAUCACGUGCUACCGUGGCCCACUCUCCCAGCCGGUGGGCGCGGGCAUCGCGCAGCAACGAGCGGGCAGUCGAACGUGCGGAGUGAUGGACCGGCCUUGGAAUGCCGCGCCCGCUAGUCUCCGUUGCCGCACCCACGCCUAGCACUCCAUGUGCCCCGUUCUCUCUCUCUAGCAAAGCUAAGAAGAAGAGCAGGAGGGAGGAGGAGGAGGAGAUGAAAGGAGCCCUUGUUUUCUUCUUCUUUUUUUUUUUUCUUUCUACUGUUACUCUCUCUCUCUCUCUCUCUCUCUCUCUCCCACCAAACGCGAAGCCCUCGGCAGGAGAACAGUCAUCCUCUCUCAACAGUAAGACCUCGGCAAGAGAUAAGUACUCUCUCUCUCUCUCUCUCUCUCUCUCUCUCUCUCUGUGUGGUGGCAGGCCGGCAAGCUGGACUGCUUUGGACGUACCCGGAUGAGACAGCCAGCAGGAGAUGAGUUAUUUGGCGUCGUUUAUGAAGAAAGAGUCAGCAGCAGGAGCAGCAACAUGCACCCAAGAUCCGAAUCGAUUCGUCCUUGUUGGAAGGGAGAAAUCAUAUUAGUUUUCACUACCACACAAGCUAACAUAUUUCGUGAUAAUAUAUUCUCAUAAAGAGAAAACAAUUCGUGAUCAUGAUAAGCCAUAUGU